AUGGCGGAAGGAACUUGCUCCACAGUAAAAAGAAAUAUGAUGGAAGAAUGUGUAACCAAACUUGCUCGUCACGAGGAACAGUUCAAUGCCUUUGGGGAAUUGCUCCAGAGCAUGAACCUAAAAUUGACAUUAAUGGAGGCCAAGUUGGAUCAGAAUCAGAAAAGCAAAGUUGAGCAUAAGGGUGGAAGCAGCAAUGAAUCAGGACUAAACACUUUCUUGGGAAAUAACGCAUAUAAAUCUGUUAAAUUCUCCGUACCUAGAUUUGCAGGAGGGAACCCCGAACCAUGGAUCCACAAGAUUCAGCAAUUCUAUGGGUUCCGCAAUUUGAGUGAUGGGGAUAAGCUGACGUUGACGUCCUUCCAGAUGGAUGGGGUGGCUGAAAAUUGGUUCCAUUGGAUGGAACGAAGCCAGCGGUUAUCAACGUGGGGCGCCUUUGUGAUAGCACUGCGUUCACGAUUCGGACCAUCCAAAUAUCGCGAUCUCCGAGGCGAAUUGGGAAGAUUAACACAGCAUGCUUCAGUUGAAGAAUUUCAGAAGGAGUUUGAACAGUUAUCCAAUCUCAUCAUAGGGAUAGAUGAUGUUACCUUGCAGAGCUAUUUUGAGAAUGGGCUCAAGUCUGAAAUACGGAAAGAGGUUCGAAUGCACCUCCCUGACUCCUUGCAGAAUGCCAUCGAAUUGGCUAAGGUGGUGGAAGACAAGUUCAAUGACCGAAUCCCUGCAAGAUCGGGAUACCAGAGAAAUUUCACCAACAACCAAACCACUAAACAGCAGCCAGGCUUGUUACCAACUCCAAACAAAGGUACGGUCAACACAACUGGAACCUCGAAAGAUAUCCUGCCAAUUAAGCGCUUGUCAGCAGCUGAAAUGAUGGAGAAAAGAGAGAAGGGGCUAUGUUAUUAUUGUGAUGACAAAUUCCACCGAAACCAUGUAUGCAAGGGAAAGAUGUUCUUAUUACUUAUUCAAGAAAAUGAGGAAGAAGAGAAAGAUGAAGUGAUAGAAGCCACAAAUGAGACAAUUGGGGGUGAGGAUGACAUACCUGGCAUCAGUUUACAUGCUAUGGAUGGCCAAUAUUCAUCUAGCACCUUGCGGUUGAAGGGACUGAUCAAUAAGCAUUCGGUCCAGGUAUUGGUGGAUGAGGGUUCCACUCAUAACUUUGUCCAAGAAAGGAUAGUCAAGUUCCUUGGCUUGGAGGUGCAACCCAUUGGGCAGUUUAAGGUGAUGGUAGGCAAUGAGGCCAGUCUAGGGUGUAAAGGGGUUUGUAGACGAGUAGGGCUGGAAUUACAAGGAUAUAAAUUCUGUCCAGAUCUGUUUGUACUACCUAUACAGGAUGCUGAGGUAGUGUUGGGGGUACAAUGGUUGUCUGAAUUUGGAGAUGUGACCACUAACUACAAGCAAUUGGUCCUGAAGUUUGAAAGGGAAGGGCGGGUGAUUGAGUUGAAAGGGGAGACCAAGGUGCAAGUAGAACCCAUUGAACUUCAUCAACUCCGUAGGCUAAGUAAUUCUGAUGCUGUAGCCACUUAUUUCCAAUUACAAACCAUUGAUCAUCAGCACUCAAUCGAACCUUACAUUGAGGAAGCUUGCCAUUCCCUGAUACAACCAGUGUUGCAAGAAUACGAGGAUAUCUUUGCUACUCCCAACCAGUUACCUCCCUCCAGACUAGAAGAUCACCGAAUCUAUCUUGAACCUGGCACAAAGGCAGUGAAUGUUAGACCCUACAGAUAUCCUUAUUUUCAAAAGACAGAAAUUGAAAAAAUGGUAAAGGAAAUGCUUAAUACUGGUGUUAUCAGACCAAGCCUGAGUCCUUUUCUCAUCACCAGCUCUGUUAGUAAAGAAGAAGGAUGGAACUUGGAGAUUCUGUGUAGAUUAUAG